AUUGCCUGUUGCUGGGUUGUUGUUCCAACGCUCGCAGCGACAUCGGAGCGUCGACACAGCAGCUUCCGCCAGCAUGGGAUGUGGGUUCUCUCGAGUGUGUGGAUCGAUUCUUUUCCAUGAAGACGACACAGACGACCUUGGCAAGACCACGUCGCCGAUUCGGGAACGAAGGCGGACGUUCUUCCGUAGCAACAGCUUCAAGUCGGGUGUGUUGAUCAAACCGUCGACGGGGUCGUGCGAGGUUCCGUUGCAUCGUCAAGAAGUCGACGUGGAUGAUUCGGACGAUGGCGAACCAGUCGUGGUCGUCGAUGACGUCGACGACAGGAGUGUGAGGGAACCGCAUGUGUACGUCGGCGGCGGGAUUCCCGGUGUGGCCGUGGACGAAUUCACCAUCGAACAGCCCAAGUACACGGGUCAUGUCGUCGGAGGAUGUCACUCCGUGUCUCGGUCCAUUUGGUGGGGCGCGCGCACGCGCGCCGGCAACGACUCGAUGGGUCGACGCAAGGAGAACCAGGACUCGUUCUGCAUUCGCGACCGCUUUGCCAAUUGCGACGGACUUACGUUUAUGUGCGUGUUGGACGGUCAUGGGGCCCAAGGAGCAUAUGUGAGUCACUUUGUUCGAGACCACUAUCACGUGCAUGUGGCCGCAGCCCUCCGACGACACAUUCCGUCGCUGCCGCCGCCUCCAUCUUCGUCGCCUGGCGAUGAUGUCCAUCACCCAGAGAGCGUUGACUUUAACAUGUUCACGCUGGACACGAUCGAAGACGUGUUUCUUGAUGCAUCCUGCCGCAUGACUGCUGCCCUCAAAGAUGAAAUGCAUUUGGACAUUAGCGUCAGCGGUACCACCGCCAUCGCGCUCCUCUUCGUCACCUCUGGGCAUGCCCAACCCAAGGUGUUCGUCGCGAACGUCGGGGAUAGUCGCGCCGUGGCUGGCGUCGUUGCUUCGAGUUGUUCAGCAAGCAAUAGCUCUCCAACGACCUUCAGCACUGUGCACUUGUCGACAGAUCACAAACCCAAUGACCCACACGAGGAAGCGCGCAUCGUGGCCGCCAACGGCCGCGUGUUCGAGUACGGCGUGCCGCGCGUAUGGCUGCAGGACGUGGACAUGCCCGGCCUCGCCAUGAGCCGGUCGUUCGGGGACUCGGUCGCCACAUCCGUCGGCGUGAUUUCCGACCCGCAGUGCUCGGAGCUGUUGCUGACCCCGGGGUCAUUUGUGAUCGCCGCGUCCGACGGUUUGUGGGAGUUUUCGCCGUCGACGGACGUCGUGGCCAUGUGUGCCAAGGGGGUACCCUAUGAGGAUCCACAGACGACAUGCGAUUUGCUCGUGGCAGAAGCGCUGGAGCGGUGGCUGGACGAACAAGAUGUCGUGGAUGACAUCACGGUCGUGGUCGUGGUCGUACGAGGUGACGACGACCGAAGACAAGAGGAACAGUUAUGAUAGUUAUUAUGAAAAUACUAAACUAAUAGUUUCGAACGUGGGGA